CGUGGAUUCCAACUCCAACCCAACCACCGUCAUCAACAGUACGAAGAAGUUCAACAACUCAACUCGAAAGGCACUUGUUUCGUGGCCGUCAAAUCCGCGGAUUUACAGGCAAGAGCAAGAUUGUACUUUCUGUCGCCUUUGUUUGCCGUUCGCAUCCAGAGUUGCUGUAGCAAAGCAGACGGGAUCAUUGUAAGAUUACGACAACUGCGACAGUCGCAUCCGACAACCUCCUACAAUAGAGCAGUCGCAAGAGAAAGAUAUUCCAUACGGCACCAAGACUGCGUACAAAACCGAAACGUGGCCUUCCACUGUCAUAGACAUCUUCUACCAGCGCCUCGCUGCCUGAAACGCGACACCCUUUGACUCGCCAACGCCACCUCUCAUUCAUGGCUUGGAUACGAAGAUGAACUCCCUCAACAUCCUAUCGGCGCGGGUUUCGCCGCCGCCUUCGCGAAGCAACUCCUAUGGCAGCUCCCUAAGCCUCGCCGGAAGCGCGUCAAUACAACCAAGCAGUCUUGCCGAGGAUGCAGUAGACGAGCACGACGAAGAGGAUGGCGCGGCAGAGGCAGGGGAAGAAACCUCCACGGAGGCAGGACAUACCAGCACAGACGAGAAGGUCCCAAUGCUAGAAGAUAGGAAGGCGGAUAUACAGUCAAGGCCGAGGGACUUUGUCUUCUUCUCGAAACGAAUAGCGGCCGCGUUUGUGAACUCUGUACGAUGGGUGGUAUCGGCGAUAAUGGCGCCGGGGUUUUAUAUAAUAGCAUGUUUGUACGAUCACGACGGAAACUUCGCGCCCUUAUUCCAGGUGCGGAGGAUUGGAGGGUAUUUCUGGAGAGGGGAGAUGAGCCACGAAGGCUUGAGCAGCGAACGCAACGCGCUACUAGAAAAGCACGCAGCCUCAACCAGGCGGCCCUCCAUACGGCCCCAAAAGAACGCCUCACUGUCCUCCCAGCUCUCCUCCGAGUCCGAAUCCGAGCGCGACUUGGACUCCCGCCCGACCAGCUCAGCCGGCAGACACACCCGCUCCAAAUCCCUCAAGCCGAACGACGAGACGACCCCCGCGCGCCGCUCUAUCCGCAUCAAGCUUCACAACGAAGACGCGCGGCAGGACCGCAGGCACCGCAAAUCUCAGUCUACGAACUCACCCAUGACACAGUCUGACGGCGCCGGUGGCGCUAGUCCUGCUCUUACUGAAAUCACACCCGCUACGCUCAAGUCCCCAACUUCGCCGCCGGCGACGCUGUCAAUGGCGAAGUAUCCGCGCGCGCCUGCGCCGCCGAGGCCGCUGAUCCCGAAGAGGCAGCCGAGUUAUACGAUGGCUGAGCCGAUUAAUGGACGGGGCCCGCAGAAGACGUUGAUUCUCGAUCUCGACGAGACGCUGAUCCAUUCCAUGGCCAAAGGCGGACGUAUGUCCACCGGGCACAUGGUGGAAGUGAAGCUCAACACCUUCGUCGCCGCCUCAGGGGUCCCGAUUGCCGGACCCCAACACCCAAUCCUGUAUUACGUGCACAAGCGACCUCACUGUGACGACUUCCUGCGGCGGGUGUGCAAGUGGUAUAACCUGGUGAUUUUCACGGCGUCGGUGCAGGAGUAUGCGGACCCAGUGAUUGACUGGCUGGAGCAGGAGCGCAAGUUCUUCAGCGGAAGGCUGUAUAGGCAGCAUUGCACGUUUAGGCAUGGGGCGUUUAUCAAGGAUCUGAGCAGUGUGGAGCCGGACUUGAGUCGGGUUAUGAUUUUGGAUAAUAGCCCGUUGAGUUACAUGUUUCAUCAAGACAAUGCUAUCCCGAUAGAAGGCUGGAUUAACGAUCCAACGGAUAAUGAUCUGCUGCACUUGGUACCGCUGCUUGAAGGGCUACAGCAUGUCACUGAUGUGAGAGCGCUGCUUGCCCUGCGAGGUGGAGAGGAUGGGAAGCACAUGGUGACCUGAAUAAUGAAAGUUGUUCCCUGUUAGCAUCAACCACAAGUCCAUGUGCACAACAAAACAGCCAGCGGUCCUCUUCAAGUGCCAGCUCAUCUUGUAUAGCCUACGAUCAAAUGUAUUCAUAUAUACCC